AACGAAACAGCCCAAAAGGACCAUCUCCACCGUUAAAGGAAACCCGCUAUUUUUCCCGCUUCACACAUAACAGACGCACAGCGUCUCUCUCUCUCUAUCUGAUUGGGAUGGCCCUUUGGCUUCAUUUGUCAAAGGCCACGAGCCAGCUGUUCCCUGAACCCAGACGACGGGCUUCUCAAUUUUUAGGGCACCACCUUUGUUGCAUGAAGAAUAUUUUAAUCUCUCGUAGAAGACUAUUUCUAGGGUUUUUAAUCGAGUAUACGUUCUCGAAAACCAGCAAUCUCCUAGCAUUUUAAUCUCCGUGAAAGACUGGAGCCUCGUAUUUUUAACUGUAAAAUUUCCGCAGUCUAAGGUGCUCUCACAUGACUUCCGUUUAGCAUGGAGAUGUGACCAAUGUCCGGUUUUGUUACAUGCUCAACUAUGCAUCCAUAGUUAUCAGGUUUGGCACUUGCAAGAGCUCAUAAGAAUACAAGGGCUUGAACCAGUCCUGCAACACUUUGUAAGCUUAGCAUGGAAAAACCUGAAGUUGAAGCGAAUCCUUUUUUGAGUUUGAUUGCUGCACUCUCCUAUGGCGUUGCUUCUAUGGCUAUGGUGUUUAUCAACAAGGCAGUUCUUAUGGAGUAUACUUACUCAAUGACGCUUCUUACCCUGCAGCAAUUUGGUACAACCUUACUUAUACAUUUUGGGCGAGUAUUUGGAUUCAUACAAGCCAAAGAUGUAAACUUAAGGACUGCAAAGAAACUUCUCCCUAUUUCACUGUUCUACAAUGCAAAUGUGGCAUUUGCUCUAGCAAGCUUGAAAGGGGUCAAUAUUCCAAUGUACAUAGCCUUGAAAAGACUCACACCACUUGCGGUCUUAGUGGCUGGGUUUUUUUCAGGAAAGGGGCGACCAGCAACCCAGGUGUCGCUUUCGGUUAUAUUAACAGGUAUUGGAGUUAUUGUUGCAGCAAUAGGAGAUUUUUCUAUUGACCUUUUUGGAUACAGCAUGGCUCUGACUUCUGUUUUCUUCCAGACCAUGUAUCUGGUUUUGGUCGAGAAAUCUGGUGCAGAAGAUGGACUUUCAUCAGUUGAGCUCAUGUUCUAUAAUGGAAUCCUGUCACUUCCAUUUCUGCUGUUCCUAAUAAUAGUUACAGGGGAAUUUCCUCAUUCUUUGUAUUCAUUACUUGAUAAGGCCAAUUCUUUGUCAUUUACUGUGAUUCUUAUUCUUUCAAUGGUGAUGGGAAUCGUUCUGAACUUCACUAUGUUUUGGUGUACGAUUGUCAACUCUGCUCUGACAACAACUAUUGUUGGGGUUCUCAAGGGUGUCGGGUCAACAACCCUUGGUUUCGUUUUGCUCGGAGGAGUUGAAGUCCACGCUCUGAAUGUCACUGGUUUGGUCAUCAACACUUCUGGUGGAGUGUGGUAUUCAUACGCCAAGUAUCAGCAGAAGAAAAACAAGCCUAGAAAGGUUAUUACAGAUGCCGAGUCCAAUCAUAGAUAUUGAUCAUUAGAUGUGAUAUCAGGUGGCUAUGGUGCGCCAUUGAUCAGGCACAGAAUUCAAAAUAAGAUUUCUUGAAUUGUGCGAUGUCAAAUUUUAAAUUAGUUAGUUAAAGGUGAAUGAUCUCAUUGUAUUAAAAAUGAAUGGUGUCGUGGUAUACAAUCCCAUUUCAUGUCUUCCCAUUU